GCUUUUAUGUGUUUCUAUUGGCGAGUUAUCGUUACUGGAAGAACGAGUUAAACUAGUGUUUCUGCGCAGACCGAUCGCUUUUUCAGCCAUGGAAAUAACAGGAAUAACCAUUUGUGUUGGUAGCUAGUCAGCUUGCAAUGCCAGCAAGCUUGUUCGCCCCUCCUACGUUAUCGUGGCUCUUCUGUGUUUUGAUACAACAUUCACAGACAUGACGACAAACAGUAGAGAAAUAGCCUUGCCUUAUCCAACACGCAAAAGUAGUUCCAAGUUAUAUUGUAUACAUGGCUGAGCGCCGAAGACGUGGAUGUCGAUUAUGGCACCGCUCUGAUUGAGGGGCUGGGUUAAAUGCGAAGACACAUUUCAUUUGAAUGCAUCCAGUUGUACAGCUGACUAGCUUCUUCCUAGGCUCCUAAGAAGAUUUGUCCGAGCAGGUUGUGAGAAGACAACCCAAGGAACUGAACGCUUGUUGUUACGGUGUAUGUUCACAAAUCCGCCAAUCRGGAGUACUGCUUAGGGAAGCAUAGGCGGAGCAGCAAGGCCUAGUCCCUGAGAAUCUACAUUCUCCACCCAUCAGAGACUGGGGUGACUCAUCUAGAGUCCAUCCACUGGGGAGCUCCAUGGUUCAGGGCCCCUGAAGGGCUGGGACCAGCACUGAGGGCCAGAGGCAGCUGUGGUGAGAUGGGGUAGGGGCUGAGGACAGAGGCAUGGUUCAUAACGGCUCAGGUGGGCACCUGCCGGCACAGGUGGGCACCAAUGGCCGCUCUUCUGAGAGGAAGAGGACACCGAAGGCAUGUGACUGCUGUGGGCCCAACUCUAAGCUCCAUGAUGGGAAGGCCCCACAUGGGAAGAAUCCGGGUGACAAGUCCCGACAACGCAGGGCCCAGCCGGGCAAGGGCCGGGCACUGGGGGAGACCCCUAAGAGAAAGGGUGGUCGCCCAUCUUAUAAGAAGACCCUGAUGACAGAGGAGCAGGUAACAGCCAUCCGAGAGGAGCUGAAGAAAGACUCUGCUGUGGAGCAGGUAACAAACUCUUUGGCUUCACCUGUAACCAACUCUGUUGGUCAACCCUUAUUGAACUCUAUGGGUCAGAAGUUAACGUACACUGUGGUUAAACUGGUGAAUAAGUCUGUGGUUCAACCGGUAAUGAAAUCAGUGGUUGAGCAUUUUACUGAUUCAAUGAUAGAGCAGGAGAGAGCCUGUGAAGGGGCUGUGAGUGAGGGGGAGAAGGCCCCUGGUUCUGGUUCAGUCAAACAGCAGGUUAUAGACCCUAAGAUGGAGGUCAUAAAGCAGCCCCAGGCUGGUGACCCAGCUGUCUUCCUUUCCAACGGUACAUCAGCUGUCCCCAAAGAGGAACCAACAGACUGUAGCGCCCCUAUGGAGGUGGAWCCAUCAGCCAUAGCCUGUGUUUCCCCAGGCAUUAUUCUGUGCCACACCCUCCACUCAUUUGCCCUGUGGGACCACCGAGAUUACUGCAAGAUAGGAGUGUGGGCUCCAAGACCAGAGCAGGGAACUGCCACAGACCCAGCACAGCAGUCCCAGCCAUCACCACAACAACCCAAACCAGAAGAGGGCAUCCAUGAAGGAAUCAGAGACCUCAUCCAUGAGUUCCUGGAGCUCUUCUAUGUGACGUACGGGAGUUUCAUCCCCCUCAGUGAGACUGAUGUCUUGGAGCACCUGAAGAACAAGUGUAACACGGACUUCAAUGACAAGAAGCUAAACAUCCAUUUAGAAGUUUUGAAGUACAAAGCGGGUCUAGCCUCCAUCCCUAUGAACUGCUUUAAAGUGGACUACAACAAGCACACUCUGACCCUGGAGGACCUGUCCACACUGGACGAUCAAAACUGGGUCAACGACCAGGUGAUAAACAUGUAUGGCGAAUUGAUCAUGGAGGCUACAGAGCACAAGGUUCAUUUCUUCAACAGCUUCUUUCACAGGCAGCUGGUGGCCAAAGGCUAUGAAGGGGUUAAGAGAUGGACCAAAAAGGUGGAUCUGUUUUCCAAGAGUCUGCUGCUGAUUCCUAUCCACCUGGAGAUCCACUGGUCCCUGAUCACAGUAGACAUGGCCAACCACCACAUCCACUACUAUGACUCGCAGGGCAUCGUCUUCAAAUACACCAUAGAGAACAUCAUGAGAUACAUCCUGGCUGAGGCGAAGGAGAAGAAACAAGCUACCUAUCAGAAUGGCUGGAAGAUGAUUAUAAACAAGAGAAUUCCUCAACAGAAGAACGACAGUGACUGUGGAGUCUUCGUAUUGGAGUACUGCAAGUGCCUGGCUUUAAAAGAACCGCUGCAGUUCACACAGGACGACAUGCCCAACGUCCGCAAGAGGAUUUACAAAGAGCUCUGUGACUGUAAACUGAGUGACUGACUGACCACAGCUGAGAAAGUACACCUGCCUUUCCAGUGAACCAUGGGUUAACAACUGUUUGACCGUUAUUGUACAAGGGCCAUUAACYCUUUAAAAACACUACUGGAGCCAAGGAGAAACUGAAGGAACUGCUGUAGAGACAAGACAUUUGACUGGUGACAGUCUUUUCUUCAGAGGGCCAGCGGUGCAUAUUCUGCAAUAAUUAUUAUUAUUUUUUAAUUGCCCUGUUUUUAACAUCUUUAACGGGAGGGAGGGACCUGAGACUUUGAAUUCCUUUGGGAGUUGAAGUCCACAAAGUUUCCAUUGUUGACUGACUGACCUAGGUCUGGAGCUAACGCUGCUACUAUGUUUCAGAUGCCAGUAACGGACCUGUAUGUGCUGAUACCGUUUCCUAACUUCAGUUCUUGAAAUGUAAACGGCAGAUUAUAUGGGACAUUAGGUGAAAUUUGAAGGUUCUUGUUAUAUCAUGUAAUCUCCGCCUGACUAGUGCGGUACAGAACAAGAAGACUCAUCAAAGGCUAGCUUUUAAUUGAAUGUACUGUUUUGUUACAACUUAAUCUCAAACCGCUCUCUUGGGCUAGAUUCAAUCUGUAUCACAGAAGAUCCGCAUUUUUAAAGGUAAUUUCCAAUUGAGCUGACAUGCCGCAUUUUACGUGAUUGCAGUCUCUGCGAACGUAGGAACAUUGCCUUGAAAUGUAAAUCGAGCUAUAACGUGGAUCUUUCCCGCUAGGGAUUGAAUCCAGCUCUUAGUUCUUGUGAAACUCCUUCGCAUCAACAGCAGUUGAGACAAGGGCUUAGAUUCAAUGUGGAAGAUCCGAACUAUAGGGAGACUGCCUUUUUAAAGUUCAAUGUUUCCGCAUUCGGUAAACAUUGCAUCUGUCGGCUCAAUCAAAAUUACAUUUACGUUGCGCCAUUACAUGGAUCUUUCAGUAGUUAAGUGGGAAAUAUUUAGUUCCAGUUGGCCAUGCUACUCCACUGAAAAUGGCUUCAUAAACACUGCUCUUUCUGCGUCUGUCAAAUACUGUACACAUUAUUGUUUUUGAACAGCAUAUCUUGUGUACUGAGGAAGAAGUAAUGCCUUUUUUUUGUAUGAGGGGCUGGCAAGCUAUGGUUCUCAUUGGAGGACCACCAAGCACUUGCGCUGACUCAGUUGGUGUCAGUUACCCAUCUGAGGGAGCUGGUCCACAGACUGGGUGUAGUUGGGGAAACGCUGCUGUAGAACAUGCUGAAUGAAUCCCAUCUAUACCGUCUCAUCCAUUUCAUUCAAGCACACUAGGUACCAUUAGAGAUCAUGUUCACAGCACUCUCUGUACUAGGGUUAAAUCUGUUUAAUCUUCGUUGAGAGAGACUUUUUGGUUUUUAUUUGAUGUUCUUGAUUUAAGCUGCUGUGGUAAAACCUAAAAUAUUGUAUUGCAAUAUCUUGAAGUAAUACAGGGUUAUACUUACAAAUAGAUACCCAGAGGGGUUAAAUUGGGAUUCUCUAGAUGUGAAAACUGUCCUCAAAUUUCAUUUUAAUGGAAGUUCCCAAUGUAUGUGUCUCAUCCUAAGCGGUGGCACAGUUUCCUUUCUAAGUUGACCCCUGAAUACAUUCAUACACAUGAUGUAGCUUGUAUGACUCAGGCAUUCAUUUUCUCUACUUACUCUAUUACUCUGGGUUGUUGCAUGAGGAGGAUGCAACAACCCAGAGGCCCAGACACACCAAACUGAGGGGUAUCCUACGACACAAGCUAGAUCUACUCAGGGUUUUCUAAAGCUAACCAGCUUGUGUUAGCUUCACAUUCCAGGUCUGGCUUUUUCUGUACUAGGACGGUGGAUAUUGCUUGUCCGCCUGCGGCUAACUCUAGCAGGCUUGUAACUGCGCGGGCUAGUCGAAUGCCGAACUCUUCAUUGAGACACUGAAACUUCAAUCCAUGGUGCAAUCCGUGCCACAUUUUUCAUUUGUGCCAAAAUUAAAUCAUGCAAAUUCAGCAKGCUAUACGCUCAAUCCGAAUGGUGUGAAAAGGCUUUUAGAAGUGCUGGCUUAAUUGUAUUAUCGUUAAUGCUGUCUUUGGUGUGCUUAUCAAUGCAUAAGCACCUUUUUCCUUCCCACUCCUAUUGCUAAAAUAAUUGUAUCAAUUUUAUUUAUCAUACUAAACUUUUACUGUGUUAAGUUCAAAUGCAUUCUGUAAAUACAAAAUAAUUUGAUGGGUAUUUUAACAUGUUACUAUAAAAAAAUGGAUUAAUAAAAUAUUUAAUCAGUCUUUUGCAAA